GAAGUCGUUUCGGCUGCUGUGGGUUCUCGCUCUCUGUCGCUGAACUCUUUAUCCGGGCAACGUGGAGUCAAAAUCCAGCGCACCGGCUUCUGGGACGAACACGUCACUCGCCGGGGACCUGCCACAUAUCGGCUAAAGCAUUAGGCAGCGGUUAGCAUGCGGCUGUCCCGGGACGUGUCAUUUUUAUCCUGAAAAGGGGGGACUAUUUAUUCUGCUGGCGAUGACCACUGGGAAGGAUGGGACGGAGCCGUGGAACCAGCCGAAGCGCCGAACUGCAGGAGACUGACGCGAUCAAUAGCAAGUAGAAGACAAUCCACAUCAUGGGGAGGAUCAGCUUUUCCUGCCUCUUCCCGGCCCCGUGGCACUUCAGCCUCUCGUCGCAGGGGCUUCCUCGGCUCCUGAUCCCUUCCUUCAGACAGCUGCUCUUCCUCGGCCUGCUGCUCUGCCUCGUCGGGCUGCUCUACCUGCUGCUGGCCUCUGGAAAGGGGCACGUCAGCUGGAUCAGAGAGGAAAAUCACUUCCACAGGCACUUGGCCAAGGUGAACGACGUGGAUGCGACAGAUACGAGCAACCCCAACCUGAACUAUGGCCUGGUGGUGGACUGUGGCAGCAGCGGCUCACGGGUAUUCGUGUACUGUUGGCCCCGGCACAAUGGCAAUCCCCACGAACUUUUGGACAUUCGGCAAAUGAGAGAUCAACACCGCAAGCCUGUAGUCAUGAAGAUCAAACCGGGAAUCUCUGAUUUGGCUAAAACACCCGAGAAAGCCAGUGAUUAUAUCCAUCCACUGCUCAGCUUUGCUGCCCAACACAUUCCCAAAAACAAACACCAAGAAACACCCUUGUACAUCCUGUGCACAGCCGGAAUGAGAAUCCUCCCCGAAAGUCAACAAGAAGCACUUCUUGAGGAUCUGCGAACUGACAUCCCAGUGCACUUCAACUUCCUCUUCUCUGACUCUCACGUGGAAGUGAUAUCUGGAAAACAGGAAGGUGUCUAUGCAUGGAUUGGAAUAAACUUUGUUCUCGGAAGGUUUAACCAUGUGCACAAUGAUGGUGAAGCCGUAGUGGCGGUCCAUGUCCCAGGCGGCGAUCAGCAGGAGGCUCGGAUGAGGAAAAGGACCGCCGGCGUCCUGGACAUGGGCGGGGUCUCCACACAGAUCGCAUACGAAGUGCCCCAAACUGAGGAAGUUGCGAAGAACUUGCUGGCCGAGUUCAACUUGGGUUGCGAUGCGCAUCGCACCGAGCAUGUUUAUCGCGUUUAUGUCUCCACCUUCCUGGGUUUUGGAGGGAAUGCAGCACGGAAGAGAUAUGAGGAGAAUGUCAUCAGAAAUACUGCCACUCGAAACAAGCUGUUAGGACUGCACACAGGUGAGACGGCAGAGUCCCCCCUCUUGGACCCGUGUCUACCUGCGGACCUGCUGGAUGAAAUUGGUCCAUCGACGCAGAGGCUGCAUCUGCGAGGCACCGGAGCCUUUGCCCAGUGCAGACAGAUCCUGCAGCCGUUCCUCAACCGCACCAACGAGACCCUCACUUCCCUCAGCGGAAUCUACCAGCCUGCCAUCGAUUAUGCCAACAGCCAGUUCUACGGCUUCUCUGAGUUCUACUACUGCACGGAGGACGUGCUGCGCAUUGGAGGGGAUUAUAACGCUUCCAAAUACGCCCAGGCUGCCACGAGUUACUGCGCCACCCAGUGGAAGACUCUGAAGGAACGCUUUGACUCUGGCUUGUAUGCCUCACACGCCGACCUUCACCGACUGAAGUACCAGUGUUUUAAAUCCGCAUGGAUGUAUGAAGUGUUGCACUCAGGCUUCUCUUUCCCAGCUAAUUAUAAAAACCUGAAGACGGCCCUAUUGGUCUAUGAUAAGGAGGUCCAGUGGACUCUUGGAGCUAUUCUCUACAGAACACGGUUUCUGCCUUUGAGGGACAUCCCUCUGGAAAGCCUGAAAGGAGCGCAUUCUCACUGGCGGCACAGCUUCUCCUUUGUCAACAACCACUACUUAUUCCUGGCUUGUUUCUUCAUCGUGUUGUUGUCUAUUAUGCUGUACCUGCUGCGGCUCCGUCGCAUCCACCGGCGCAGCGCCCCUUCCUCUGUGCAGUGGUUGGAGGAGGGCCUCGGCUCCCCCCCGCUCCCUCUCGCCCUCUGAGUCGUCUGCAGCGUGAAGUCGUGAAAACGAAUCUGACUUUCCAGAGCCGAUCAAAUGGUCUCUACUAGGCUGUCGGCUUGUUCAACUUGUUCUUUCGACCAGUUGGAGCAGAGAUGUCUUUCAGAAUUGGACAUAUGAGAAACAUUUGAGUCUUCGGUCUGAGCCAUGAAAAUUUAAGUUAUUUUGUUUAAUGAUAAUGUCUGCCUUCUUUUUAGAAUCCACAUUCUUCCUCCAGCUGUAUGUUUUUUUUUAUAUAAGACCAACACAACUUUCAAACUUUGUUUGGAAUCAGGUCUUCCACACUCAUAUUAAAAUAUAGUCUCUACUUUGAAUUUCAGGAAGUGUGACAUCUUGAACAUUUCUUUCUUUAUGCCUUUUUAUGUUUAUGAUCACAUCUUUCUUGUUAAUGUUUUAUAGCUGUUAGAUGGUACAAGCACUCGCUCUUUCUCUAGGAACCGCAACUGCAAUACGAAUUAUUAUAUUUGGCAGAAGGUGCACAUGCGAUGCUCUGCCCGGCUGGAAUGUUGGUUUUCUGUCUCCCCCUCAUGGUUAUGCCUCAACAAGACGACCAGCCUUUAAGAGCCGUGCUAGUGCAAUACGUGUCUGGUCACUGGCGGGGGGACUCCCCCAAACGUUUUCUUUUGUUAAGAGUCACGGUCUCUCUUGAAGCCCUGCUGGAAGUCUUUUGUCGGGUUAUCUGGCUUUGAAGUUGGGUACCUUUCUGCAUUUACUUAUGUUGGACUUCAUUCUCAGAAGCCGUCUUAUCAUUGCUGUGAGGGGAUUGUGGAAUGAGCGCACAUGAACCAUUAUUUAUAUGAAAACGAUCUAUCUGGAAAUGUUUGCACAGAUGAAUGUUGUCACAUUACAAACCAGUGAUAAAGUUUUAUGGUAUAUUUG